AUGACUUCCACGGUACAAGCCCACCGCGACCUCAUCCCCUUCGACAGCUUCAUCUCCUCCUCGGGCGAGCACGGCACCCUCAUGGUGACGGACGUGUUCAUCCUCCCGGACAAACUGGCCGAGUACAUUGCCAUGGUCACGCCCGUGGUACACGAGAUGCGCGCCAUGCCGGAGUGUCUGUGGUGCGAGAUUUCCCAGAACCCGACGGACCCAAGCCACAUCAGGAUCCAGCACGGGUGGACCAAGGCGACCGAGUGGUUUAGCAAUGUAAGUACGCGAUGA